UCAUCUCUCUUUUCAAAAUAUAUUGAGCCGCUGUCGACGAAACACCGUUGACGACAGUGCUGAGUCCUCGUUACCUUCCCCACUCGCCUUCCCUUCCUCCGCUUUCCUUCAUGCUUCUCGGCCACCCUACAAACCACCCUUAAACUCUUGGUUUAUCUACUCUUCCUACCCGUCAUUGUCCUGAUUUUUUUUUUCCUGUUUCAAUUCAUAGAUUUAAUUUAUGGGCAUCUUUCUCUAAUUGUUUCAUAUCAAGAUCUUAGCUAUCGAAGAUUAUUACUGUGUUUGGCUUGGAUUUUGGGACUAUUUACUCUACAUGGAGAUUUUUUUUUUUUUUUUCCUGCUGAAUACUCUACGUGGAGAUUAAAUUGAGAGAAAACCGUCUACUUUUUGUCAUUUCAGCUAAAUUUCAGGUACCCAACUAUCUUCCAAUAGAUGGCUAGAAAGAUCUACUCGGAAAUUUGACGUCUUCAUCUUGGAUUUUUGCAUUUAUUUUUAUUUGGAUCUAGCUUAUUUUGCUAAGUGAAGCAUAAGCUUUUGAGUUCUCAAAAUCUUAACCAAAGUUUGUGCCUUUAGCAGUGUUCUUGUUCCUCAAGCUCCCAAUCGGCCUGAUUUAGUUGAAUUUUGUUAAUUUUUAUUGUAUCCUUUCUUCGGAUGGUGCGACCUGAUUAGCUGGUUUACUGAUACUUAGAUUUGAAAUUGGUUCAAUCAGAUAGCAGUGAGAAAAAAAAUUCGGCUAUAAGAAAGAAAUAAUCGCUUUUGGAUCGCAAAGAGUUGCAUAUAAAGCUUAGGUACGUCUCGUCAUUAGCCGGAAAAUCUGCAAGCAUGGGUAGUAACUCAAGCAAGACCCAUUUCAAGGCUGAUAUGAGGGCCCAUGAGGUGGCGGGUGAGCUGGAUGUGGACUUAGAGUCCGGUGAUGUCACCGUGGUCGUGGAACCUCAGCUCGUUUCUUCUGAUUCAAUCAAAGAGAUCGUCAAAUGUCUAUAUGAAAUGGACCGGGAAAUGGCUAAUUUCAACCUCAAGUGUAGGGAAGAUAUAUGGAACAAUCAGGAAUUUUUCUCGCUCCUGAAGGAUUACUUUCAAAAUAGUCUCAGGGCAUUGGACUUCUGCACUGCCCUUGAGGACUGCCUGGAGCGCACACGUGAUAACCUGUCGAUAGUUCAGUCAGCGAAUACAUUACAAGAGUUGAGGCAAUUCAGGGAUGCUGAGGACCCAUUUACGAACGAGUUUUCUCAACUUUUGCGAUCAGUGUCUGAGCAGCAUGAAUUGAUGUUGGACAAAUUGAAGCCUUGGAAAACAAAGCUAGACAAGAAAUUGGAAACUGUGCAGCCACGGAGCAUAGUGUUCAUUGUCAUUUUUGUUUUUUCAGGUUUGUUUGUGUUAGCUCUCAUGGUGGUGCCAGCUGGCAUUAAAGCUCCGGCCUGGGCUAAUCCAUUGGCUAGUGCAUUGGCUGUUCCAAUUUUCCCUGUGUGCAAGUCACUGUGGGGGCGGUAUCAGAGUGCACUGGAAGGAAAAAAGGGGGUAAUCAGCUCAAUGCGAUAUGGCACUCUUACUGCAAAGAAGGACUUGGGUAACAUUGAGGCACUUAUUCGUAAACUGCGAAAUGAGACUCGUUCAAUUCUAGAUAAUGUUGAUUUGGCUCUUGGUGAAGAGGUGGAAGUGACGCUUGUGAUAGAUGAGAUCCAGAAGAAGCUAGAAAUGUUUAUGAAUACUGCUCAGAAUCUAAGGGAUAAUGGUGAUAGGUGUAGCGGCAAUAGUGUGAGUAGGAGGAAGUCUGUUUUGCGGUCAAUGUUCAGACGUGCGCGUGACUGAGAAAUCCUUUGGCAUGUGGUCUGAGAUAACAACAUGUCGUGCCCGUGUCAAUUGGGAUUCUCUCAGGUUGGGAUUGAGACUGAUUCAUAACUUCUGAUCAAUUGAUUCAUUAAGGCUGACUGUAAUAUCUGGAAGCUGAUGGUUUAAAUUCGGAUUGGUCUGGUGAUCAUAUGCUGCCUAGUAGUCUUAGAGGUCUUCUCCGCAUGAACAUAAUUGGUCUCCCUUAUUUGUGGAUCUCAUAGUGAUGUUCCUACAUCCAUUUGUGAUAGAUGAUGAGAUUUCAGCAUCCGCUCUGCUACUUUGCAUCUUUUUAAACAUGAUUGGUACCAAAUAAAGGAUCUCCACGUAUUGCAUCUAGAUCCAUACACAUGGAAAUCUUAUGUGUAUGUAUGUAUGUAUGUAUGAAAUCUCAUGUGUGUGUGGCUAAUGUCGAACAUUAAAGGUAUCUUUCUAUUUAUGUGUUUGACAUAAUAAUACCUUUAAAAUACCGAUGUGAAGAGCAGCAUUUCUCUUCUCUUUACGAUCAUUUAGCGCAGAUAAAUGUAUAAGGCUGGGGGCAGGAGUAGGACUCUAUGAGCAAGAGGGCAACAUAGACAAGCUGGAUUUUGUAUUCGAGUAAGUUGAAGGUGAUGAUGAGAAAGGGAUAUAUCCCUCGGAAGGAGCAUUGUUGGUGAAUGUCUUUUCUUUUAAAGAAUGCAAGGAUGACACGAUAUGGGUUGGAUUUCUUUAUUCACGUUUUGUCAAGAAAGUAACAACAAUUUUUAACUUUGAUUAGAGUAGUAACUUCUCUCACCUUAUGUCACUUGUCAUAAGGAGAAUUAAAUAAUGACAUUAAAACGGGAAAUUUUGUAGGUUGUCCCUCGGAUGGAUCAGGACAUGCAAAUUUUAUAUGA